UCAAGAUGGCGUCCUUCCCUAGUGUUCGCGUCGUGGUGAUGCUUUGCCUCUCUUUCUUCACCACUACAGUUUGGACCCUAUCUCUUGUCCCCAAGGCUGGCAAGACUCUGUCUAUUCCGCUAUCCCACAAUGCUGAUGUCCCUCGUCAUGGCCCUACCGACUACCUCAGAACUUUGAAGAAGUACAACCUCGACGUGCCCGAGGGCUUGCAGCAGGUUGUCGACGCCCACAAGGCUGCCGGCAACAAGAAGCUCGUCGCAGGUGAGCCCGGAAGUUCUGCUCCGGCUGCCGCCCAUGAUGGCGAUCUCCUCUGGCUCACUCCUGUCAGUAUUGGUGACCCCCCUCAACAGCUGUUCUUAGAUCUGGACACUGGAUCUUCCGACACUUGGAUCUUCUCAACCGAUACGGAUAAGUCAGAAGUGGCUGGACAGGCCCUUUGGGAUCCCAGCAAGUCAUCAUCAGCACAAAAGAUCCCCAACUGCACUUGGUCUAUCAUCUAUGGAGACUUCUCUACUUCUCAGGGUAUCUGUUACAAGGACACUCUCAUACUGGGAAACCUCUCAAUUCCCAACAUGACAAUUGAAUCGGCUACAUCUGUGUCAACCAUGUUUACCGAAUCUGCAAAUAUGUCGGGCCUUGUAGGAUUGGCCUGGCCGUCCAUAGCUCAGAUGCUGCCACCCCAGAAGACUCUUCUUGAUCUUCUACCUAACGCGUUGAGCCAACCCUUGUUUACCGUCGAUCUGCGCCACAACAGCAGCGAGGGUUCCUUCAACUUUGGAUACAUUGACGAUACCCUCCACACAUCUGAUAUCAAGUACAUCGACGUGAACAUAUCAGACGGCUACUGGGCUGUUCAACAGACGGGCUUCUCUAUCGGGGAUUCAGACGUGAAGUACGAGUUCAGUGAGGCACGAGAUAUCAUUAUUGAUACUGGUUCUACUCUGUUCUUUGCCCCGGAAGAGGCGGUAAAGACGUACUUCAACAGUGUCCCCGGUGCCAACUACUCGUAUACGGAUUACGGAUGGGUGAUUCCCUGCAACUCAACCCCACCUGACUUUGUUUACGAGCUCGGAGAUACACAGGGCAACAGAAUUGCCGGUUCGGUGCCUGGGGCAUACUUUGUGUACGCCCAUUCCACUAACGAGUUGUGUUAUGCUGGCCUGCAGUCCCUCAGCACCUUUUCCGACAUGCCGAGCAUCUUUGGCGAUGUAUUCCUCAAGAGUGGAUUUGCAGUCUUCGACAUCGCGAACAAGAAAUUUGGUAUGGCCCCGAAGCCUGUUAACACCAAUAAUGAUAAAUGAGACUUGGAUGCUCGCGAUGGAAUUGACAAUGGUGAUGAAUAUAUUUGGAGAAAAGGGAUGAGGGAGUGAAUGAUGAUUUGCCACUUUGCAUUGUACGAAUGAUAAGAGAGCUUGUUCGGCUUUUAAUUUUGCUCGCUUCCGUUGUUGGAGAGGCUCUCGCCUAUUCCCAACUUGGACUUUUCACGAUGUCUACCUUGCGUACUUGCCUCACGGUAUGUAUGUAUGUAUUCACUUUUUUU